UGUUUAAAAAUGUUUACUUAGCACAAAAAAACUAAUUGGGUUUUCGAGCUCACCUUUCAGAUGUGAUAGCGUUCCUGUCGCUGGAUGAUCUAGCAACUUCCACGAUGCAACGUGCGACGUGACAGGAGCAAUACCCACAUCACAUCCGCGAGGACCAACAGCAACAAAACAACUUGGCUUUUCCAUAAAAACUCGAUCUGUAAUCUUUGCAGAUGCCAUCCGGAGUACCAAAAGGAGAGAACUGUGAAGUAGACAUGGACAGCAAGGCUGGAGAUCUGUUUGCAGCUGAAGAUGCCCAUCCCACUGGUACAGGUGGAGCUGGAGUCCUUUCAAAGCUCUGGCUCCCUAAAGGCUUCUCAGCCAGCAUGGCUAAGGAGUGGAUUGACAAGCGCAGACUUUCCAUUCGACCGUGGGCCAGUUUUGUGGACCAACGCAAGUUUUCAAAACCUCGAAACUUUGGAGACGCAUGCCAAAGGGUGGUGAAAAAUGUGGAAAUUUACAACAGCAACUACACUUUCAUCUUCUUGGGUCUCAUCCUGUACUGCAUUAUAAGCUCCCCCAUGCUGCUGAUUGCCUUGGCUGUGUUUGUUGGUGCCUUCUACAUAAUCCACCUCAAGUCUCAAGAGUCCAGACUGGUUGUUCUUGGCAAACAGCUUAACGUCCCUCAUCAGAUGGGUCUCGCCGGAGCCCUGUCCCUGCCCGUGUUCUGGCUGGCUGGAGCUGGAGCUGCUGUGUUUUGGGUUCUUGGAGCAACACUGUUUGUGAUCGGCACACAUGCGAUUUUCCGUGAGCUGGAGGGAUCAGACAUGGAGGAGCUGCUCAUGGAGUCUGUGUAAACUAAGAAACCCUUUCCCAGGUGCUACUCAAUGAUUGGAGGUCUAUUUGACCCUACAAUUGCAUCAGCCCUCGAGAGUUUUGAGGAAAGGAUCUGCAAUGAAAUCGAUUCUCUUUGUUCUAUCUUUUAUUUCUCGUGUUUUACCUCUGGUUUGGAAACAAGAAUGCACCUUGUCCAUCAAUUACUGUUCUUAACGCCAAACUCUUCAGCGCACACGACUUUUACGCACAAAUGGUGCCUCAAAGCACAUCAUUUGACAGAUUCCAUGCCUUGUGUGCACGUUUGCUUCUACUUUGUGCGGUUACUCUGGCUCUUUGCAUGGUCUUUUCUAAAACUGACAUGUUACUCAUGAAUAGUGUCUGUGCUGCACUAUAGUGCUGAUUUACUUGGAAAUGGAAUCUGCUUGACAACAAUACAUAGAUCACAAUGCUUUUUUUCUAAGAUGAAGUGCCAUUUAAACAUAAUAGUGGAUCUUAAACAUGUAUUUAGAAAAUGUAAAAAAGGGCUUUUUAAGUUGGUAUAAACUCAUCAGAGAAGGUCAGUACUUACCUUUUGUAUUUGGUACAUAUUAUUUGGGUUUGAGUCUGAUGGCGUCCAAAUCAUGAAGCGUGUUUCUGAAAUUGUAUAUUUUGAUGUAACCUUUGCAAGUGCAAUAAAAUAUAUUGAAAAAACUCCUA